GGCCUCUCAGAAUGCUGCGACACACACGAUCUGUCUUGGCUAAAUUUGUCCCAACAAUUUCCCCCCAAAGAGCUUCAAUCUCACCACUACUGUCCUUACAACAUCGAGCAGCAACUAGAACUGGUACACCCAACCUGCCACCCCCAAGAACGCUCUUUUCCCACUCCAGUUUACCGGUACAGAAGGCGAAGUACUCUACCAAGACGCCCAGCGGCCUUCAGUACGGAAGAGAUCCGGAGGAAGAGAAGAGGUUUGGCCAGCAGAAACUUCAGUCAGACCCAGGGGCGGUGACCACCGAGUCGAGCGUUCGUCAUGUAUAUGAACCUAGUAGCCAAGGAAAACAGAAACCCAUCAAGCAUGGUGUCAAGGACGAUAUAGAAACCAUCAAAGAGACGUUUACACUCUCAGAUGUUCCAAAAGAACCCUACAUACUAGGUAUCGCUGGUACAUUGCCUUAUCUCGCGACAUCGAUAUCCACCGUCUACCUCUCGUGGGAUUUGAAUACCGAGUGGCCAUCCACAUCCAACUUUGUCAAUAACUUUCUGAUAAGCCAUGAUACUGCCCAACACUUGCUAGGCGUUAUCGAGCCUAUACAACUCGGCUAUGGUGCAAUCAUAAUCAGCUUCCUUGGGGCUGUUCACUGGGGUAUGGAGUACACUGAGAAAGUACCCGACCCAGAUCGUACGCGGUUCCGUUACGGGCUCGGCGUUCUAGCAUCUGUCGUAGCUUGGCCCACUCUAUUGAUGCCAAUGGAUUUCGCGUUGACAUCCCAAUUUGCCGCUUUUGUCAUGUUGUAUUUCGCUGACGCUCGAGCCACUGUCCGGGCUUGGGCACCAUCGUGGUACGGGACAUACCGGUUCGUCUUGACGGCUAUCGUAGGUGCUGCUAUCUUCAUAAGCCUUAUUGGCCGGAUGAAAGUCGGUGACGCCAAAUCGAGGCUCACUAGCCUAAGCGACAAACUGCACGAACGCGGGCGCGAAGAGGACUACACGAAGAAAUGGGAAGAGCUUGAGGAGAAGGAGAAGGAGAAGGUACAGAAAGAGAAGAAGCAAAAGGAUAAAGAAGCUAAGGAACGUGCCAAAAGUGAGAAUCGCGAGAAGGGCAAAGAGAAGAGUACAGAGAAAAGUAAAGGUAGUAAGGCUCAGAAUGAUAAGGAUAAAGAUGGAAGUUCUCAGGAGGGGAAACGGGAAGAUAGAGAGGAAGAAACUGAAAAAUAAUUGCGAUGGACAAAUAUCGAAAUGAUUUGCAGAGGGAAGUUCUAUCGACAUCAGGAAAACCUGGUAUGGAAACCAAGGGCCAACAAUCAUGAUUUGCAGUAUGGUGCGCGAUAUGCCCAAAACCGCCAAACAGUCAAAAAAAAAGAGAGAAAGAAAUCAAAGAAC